GCCUACUUGACGAUGAAUUUAACUGAACUCGCAUUAGAAUAAAAGUGACAGCCUGCACCCUUUCAAUCUCGAUGAUCUUAUGAGGCAGUUAUUCACUGGAAACCAUAUCCUAUCGGUAUAUUUUUCGUCAGCAUACCUGGAGUCGGUAAAACUUCAAACAAGGUGCAGGACGCAAGUCGAAGGGAACAAGUGACCCCCCUCUCCAAAAUCACUACCAAACAGACGAGCGUGUUGAGCGUGAGCCCGACCGAACCGGACUCUUGUAAUCAUUUUCGUUUAUGCCGGCGAGCGUUAAGUGCUCUGAACGGAGGAUCAGCGCGUGCACAGCAAGCGGCACACGAUCGUCGAAGUUUCAGCGAUCGCGACUUUUUGCGUUGUGAUUCGAGGGUUUUUACACGACAGCCCCUUCGAGUUUACUUGAAUAAAUAAAUUGAGUGCCGAACUGUGUUUACUUGUGAUAUAUUGACAAUAUGGUGCAGCCGACUUCAACCACUAUUAACCCUUCCGAAAAUGGAUUACACGGAGUCAAAAAAGCGAGCGACAAUCGCAGGAGUAACAAGCCAAUCAUGGAGAAGAGGAGAAGAGCCCGCAUCAACAACUGCCUGAACGAGCUGAAAACGCUCAUUUUGGACGCCAUGAAGAAAGACCCCGCCCGACAUUCCAAACUGGAAAAGGCCGACAUCCUGGAAAUGACGGUCAAACACUUGCAAAACCUCCAGAGUCAGCAGGUCGCCAUGUCUGCCGCCACCGACCCUGCAGUCCUCAACAAAUUCAGGGCCGGAUUCAGCGAGUGUGUGACCGAGGUUGGUCGGUUCUCAGGGCUGGACCCCACUGUACGCAGGCGGUUGCUGCAGCACCUAACCAACUGCCUGAACCAGAACCAGAAAUCGCAGGAAGUGGCCCAGGUCCAGGUCCACAUCCUUCCGAACAACGGCGCCAGUCUGGAGCAGGUACAACACGGCAACGGCAUCAUUUUCAGCAACGGGAGCGUCGGUGGUGUGCAGUUGGUGCCUACGAGACUGCCAAACGGUGAUCUGGCCUUGGUUCUGCCCACUUCCGCUACCCAGACCCACACCAGGACCACAAACACCUCCCCGUUGCCUCUUUUGGUCCCCAUACCUCAGAGAACUUCCUCUACGCACUCAGCUUCCAGUGGAUCCUCCAAUUACUCUCUGAGCGCGUCGCCAGAACCUAUAGUCGACCACUGUUACCAACCUAGACCGCUAUCGUUGGUGAUGAGGAAGAACGAGCAGCCAGUCGUCGAGAAACCUUGGAGACCUUGGUGACUAUCUCCGAUGUGAUUUUUAUGGUUGUGAUAGUUGUGUGAAGGUUCCUCUAGAUAUAAUUUUGGAAGCCUUUCUUCUGGAUUCAAGUCUCUGUGAUAGAGUAUCAAUUCGAUAAACUUAUACAAUCUAAAUUCCAUUAAACGAAACUGUAUAGCUUACUCGUUGGAUUGCAUUACUUGACAGGUUUUGUGAAUCACCCAACGAGUCGGUACUUCACGAUUGGAGCUCUUAUUUUUCGGGAAAUUUGUAUAUUUGAUUGCGAGAAUGUAUAUAUUGUAAAUAAGAUGUCAUAUGUAAAUACAUAUAUUAUAUUUUUGAGGAGAGAAUUGGAAUUUAUGUGCCUUAUAUAGCAACAAGAUCAUGAAGUCUUCCAAGACAGCGUCUUGUACUGUUAAGUUGAGAUAUUUAUAUGAAUAUAUGUAUAUUUUUUGCAA